AUGGAGGAGCAUUUCGUGCUGCGGUUACCACCGUCGCUGGCUUCGCGGAUGGACCGCGUGUUGCGGGAAGACCCUACGGCCGCCGCCGACGCCGCUAUGGAGCUCUUCUUCCAAGCUGACGGCCGAACGGGCUCCUUUUUGAUGGGCGGGGAAUCUUUUUCCGCCUCCUUAUUGGAUCUGCCAGCGGUUGUCGAGUCGUGGAAGACAUAUGAUGAUAACUCGCUCGUCAAAACGGCCGACGUGGGGCAGAUGAUUGUGGUGCGGGAGCCAUCAGAGGCAGAGCGACCCAUUGAGGGACCGGAGAGCCGCAAUGGGCUCACCCCGCCUAUGCGCGACGUGCGGAGACGACGGUUCAGACGGGAGCCAGAUUUGAAUCUCAUUGGCCUCACCACGCCCAUGAGGGACGUGGGGAGACUUUUGAGACGUCUCAAGGACGCCCAUGAGGGACAUGGGGAGACGGCGCGAGCCUGA